AUCAUGAAAACCAAGAAGUGGGCCGUGGAGCGGACCCGGACCAUCCAAGGCCUUGUUGACUUCAUCAAGAAGUUCCUCAAGCUGAUGGCCUCCGAGCAGCUGUUCAUAUAUGUAAACCAGUCUUUUGCUCCAUCCCCAGACCAAGAAGUUGGAACUCUCUAUGAGUGUUUUGGAAGUGAUGGGAAGCUUGUACUGCAUUAUUGUAAAACUCAGGCAUGGGGAUGA